CGUGAUCAUUGUUUACUUCACGUCCAGGGUGAGGAGAACAACAUCAUACACGGUAGAGCGGUCCCCAUUCAUCAUGAUCUGAAGCUCACUUCACAGUGCAGCGGCUUGUACCUAAACAUCUUGAUUCCUCCACGUACAACCCUGAAUACCUAACGCCCAAAGAUGUCUGGGUCGUUAUCUGUUGUGUCUUUUGAGGGGGAACUCAAUGCCAUUGUUCAAGAGUUUUUGGACUUCGGAGGAUUUGAUCGAACAUUGUCAACUUUCCAGAAAGAAUGUGACCAAAAGAAAAAACCUGUUACAUCCCACAGUAUCAAGUCUAAAUCCAACCAAAAGCUCCUGGCCAUUCAGAAUGACCUUAUGCAGCAGUUCCACAAAGGCAAGCGUGACCGCUGCUUCAAACUUUGGAAUGAGCACCUGCCCCCAAACGUCAGAGAUUCAGAUGCUGUAGCAAAGAAGCUUGAAUUUUAUCUCAACAUUUACUUUGCUAUUUAUCCUAUAAAGUUUGGCAGGGGACAGAGAGAAGGUGACCGCUGUAUGACAGACUUUAAGAAGUACUUGGAGAACCGUGGUGCCUCUCUAAGCCAGACGACUGAGUUUCUCCCAUUCUACGCCCUUCCGUUUGUACCUAAUGCCAAGAGUCAUCCCUCUUAUAAAGAACUCUUUACAGAUGCGUGGAUUAAGGAUCUAGAGAACAGACUUGAGAAGUUUCUCACAUUAACCCUGAAAUCAACUCCACAACCCAAACUGUUUGAUCUAUAUCGAGGCAACAAAGAUGGAGAUGACGAUGAUAAUUUCCAGCAGAUCUCCCGCCUACAGCAACAACUAGUGGAUGCAGAGAGAAAGACGAUGUCGUACAUUAAGCGACACAAUCGUCUACAGGCUGAUUACCACAACCUCAUCGGGAUAACAGCUGACCUGGUGGAAGCCCUCGAGUCUACAGUCACAGGCAAACCGGUAACUCCAGAAUACCUCCAAGAAAUUUGUGCUCGUCUGUUCAGCGCCCACAUGAAUCAGUCAGUGGACUUUACGCGCCCAGGCACAGCUAGUCAGUUCCUGCGACAAUCCAUUGCCCCGCAACAGAAAGCUAUGGAGGAACCCGAACCUUAUCCCUCUCUUGACUUCACGAAAAUUAAACAGGAUAUGGCUGAUGCUACAAACAAGCGCAAGGCACUGCUUCUCCAGGCCAUGAGAUGGAGACUGACACAGUCUAAUCCGCAGCAGCGAGACACCACGAUGACAGCCUACAGGGACCAUGACCUACUGGGAUGUGUCCAGGGGGGACCUCACAGGACGGUGGUACUUGGUCUGCUGACGUCGUCGGAUGAGUUGGUGAAGCAGGGUGCUGCCAGGCUGUUCAAUGCCUUCGCCUCUCUGUGUGCAGGUCGGACAUACUUGGCUCAGAAUCAGGACCUGUUUACCUCCCUUCUGGACAGUCUCCACAGUGAAGAGAAAGAGUCGGUUACCAGGGAAAUGGUCCUUGGAGCCCUACAGAAACUCAGUCUCCGCCGUAACCUCCAGACAUCCAUGAUUGAUGCGGGACUGAUUGAGUGGCUGGUGAAGGUACUAGAGGAUAACGACUCCCUGUCUGACUACACACUCGAGUACUCUGUGGCUUUACUUAUGAAUCUCUGUCUCAGGACAUCAGGAAAGAAACGAUGUGUGACCCACGCAAACCAGACAUUGAAAGUGCUCAGUGACCUUCUGGGUCAUGAAAAUCAGGAGAUCCGGCCGUAUGUGAACGGCGCCCUAUACAGUAUUCUAGCCAUUCCUUCAAUUCGUGAAGAGGCAAAAGCUAUGGGUAUGGAGGAGAUCCUACGGUGUUUUAUCAAAGAGGACCAGCCAGAUAUGAACCGACAGAUCGAGUUCAUCAUCAAACAACUCAACUCAACGGAAACAGUUGAUGAAUACGCAUCUGAUGAUGAAGAUGAAGAGGAGGAAGAGGAGGAUCAAGAUGCUAUGGAGCUUGACCUUGACAAGGAUGAGCCGAUACGACCGGAGGGUAAUGAACUUUGUGGUGAACAGCUUCUCACCACAGACUACCAAGCCCCAGGUGUGGGCUCCAAACCCAAGAAACGGCACACAGACACAGUAAUGGCCCAACAGGUUCCACUUCAGCGACCAGUCACGCCUAGUCAGCGUAGGGGUACCGAUUCACCACACCCUUCACAGGCAGGGAGCAGAGCUGUGUCCAGUCUGUCCCGUCAGGCCACUCCGUCUCGCUUAGACCGUCCUCCCACACGAUCUGGUAGUCGUCCGUCCACACAGGAAAGUCUCGCACAGCCAGGACUAAGAGGGCCAUCCCGAGGCCCGUUACGUGACGGAGGGCCAUCCCGAGGCAUGUCACGUGACGGAGACCGAGGAGAUUCACGUGCAGAGAGUGAACGGCCAACUAGCCAGGCUAGUCAAAAAAGUCUCCGUCCGCCAAGCAAGGCCUCACAAGUGGUUGGUAAGGAGUAUACCCAGGCGUUUGGUUCCCGCCCUAAGAUUCCCCGUACCCCAGACGUGAGCGGUGGGGUUCCAAAGCUACCCAGGACUCCCGACAGCUCCAAACGUCCGACUAGUCGCGGCUCGAUCAGCAGCAGUGCUCCUCCGCCACCACAGUUCUCAGAGUCGGGACCACGGCCAAGCUCCGCGGGAAAGUCAGCUUCUGGAUCACGGCGCGGGUCAUCAAAAGGCAGUGCCAGUCCCCGUCCAGAGCCCGGUGGUGCGAUCUAGUGGUGCGACCUAGAACUACACUGACAACAUAUCAAACUUCUUAUCCUUAAACAUUCCGUAAUAUUUCACGUCGUGUACAGGGAGUCUGAGUAGUGAGUACUGAGAGUGAACGAAGUGGAACUGUUAUCUGUCAAGUGAAUCUGGUUGAUGACUUAUUCUAUGAGGCCAUUUUGAUUGUAAUCGCAAUGUAUUGACUUUGUUGUAGUUAUUGCUAAUUGUAUCCUUUUUAAUACAAAAUGAAUCUGAUGUACAUUGUACAUGUUCCUAUAUAUGUAUGUAUUAGUCAAAUUUUUAUUGAAAUCAAUUUUAGAUGACACUGGACAGUUGUCCCGAUAUUAUACUGGAUGUGAGUAAGGCUUUGUUAGUAUGGAAAUGGACAAGGGUGAGACUGGACACUGUCCAGAGGUCAGUGUGACAGUGUAACUGACCAUAAUCAGUCAUAUGGGAAGUGCCUUUAUAGAAUUCUUAGGCCUACCGAUGACCAGUCAUGAAGACCAUAUUUUCUCUACAGAGUUACCAAACAAUCUCUACUCAGAUUUGUCAAUCCUAUACACUCACUAAAACCUCUGUCAACGGCUGAAAAUAUUACUCUGCUUUAUAAUUAGCCUCUUAAGAUCAUGUGCCACUUCAUCAAGUGCCGUCAAAUUAACCGUACAAUAUGGUAGCCUUUGGCUAGACCAACCACUUUAUCAUCAGGUAAAUUCACCGGAAUGUCAAUUUUUCUGCAAUAUAUAUUCCAAUGCUUUAACCUGUUUGCCCUCUUAAACAAAACCCUGGCUCAAAUUUCUUUGCAGUAUUGAUAGUAUAAUCCCUCACAUUCAUCAUGAAUUGAACAUGUGUUAACAAUGUGGUUCUGUUUAUGUGGCAUACGUACAUACCAAGAUACCAUUACACAAUAGUGCAUAAAAGUAAAUCCUUUCGGUAUGGUGCUGAAAGUUGUCUUACAGUGGCAUAUUUGGGAGAAAUGAAGAUUUUAAUCAAUUGCUUAUGUAAAACAUUGCUGAAAGACAUAAUACCUUGAGCUAAAAUAGAUUUUCAAAACAUUGCCAACAUUCUUGGCAUUUAGCCAUUGACAGAGGUGUUAGUGAGUGUAAGGAGAUUGAGUUCCAGAACUCCCAGGUCUACCAAUAUCGUAGAGACAAGUCUUUCUAAAGCUCUUCAUUAUCCCAAGAAAUAGCCAUAUUGAGUUUCUGUACUGAACUUCUACCUCUACUGAAUAGGCUCUUUGUAGUCCAGAGAUUACAUACAUGUCUGUAUUUACAGUAUUUGCCUAGUGUGGUGUGGUCAUGACAACAAACUCAAUCAAUUGGUAGCCAUAUAGUGAUUGAAAUGUAAUACUCAAGUGAUGAAAUGUGCAUGCGAGAUUGUUGUUUUCAAUUUAAUGUUAUUUGUGUUAGGUGUUAAUUUAUUACAUACAUGGUUGUUUUAUGUAUGUUUUAGUUGGAUCUGAUUCGAGUUAUUAAUUAUAUAUUUAAAACAUAUCGGUUUAACCUCACUACGUAUCGGGUGUAUACAGACGGGGUUAUUUUGUGAGUCGGUGCAGUAAGCUGUAUGAAUGAUAUGUAUGCUAUUUUUGUUUAGUGCUAAUUGUAUAUAAUACCCUUAGAGUAGAUCUGAUGCAGUAGACAUUAAUUUUAUAUUUAAAACAUAUCGGUUAAAUCUCACUACAUAUCAGUGAAUACAGACGGGAUUAUUUUGUGAGUCGGUGCAGUAUGAAUGAUAUUUAUGCUAUUUUUGUUUAGUGCUAAUUGUAUAUACCCUUAGAGUAGAUCUGAUGAAGUAGAUAUUAAUGAUAUAUUUAUAUUGUUAAACCUCAUUACAUGCCUACUGAUGGUGUUUUAUUGCAAGUUACAGAGUUACAUCAGACAACAGGAGUUAUAUCAGACAAUAGGCUUAUUUAUCAGUGAUUUUCAUAUAACUCUGGUUAUAAGACCAAAUAUGCGAAAUUGACUCUAUUAUUAGGUCCGGUCUCUCAAAUUGACUCCUUUGUUAGACUCGGUUCUCUCAAAUUGACUUUAUUUGUUUGGCCCAGGUGUGUGAAGUUGACUCAAUUAUUUGGUCAUUUAAGGUCCCAAGAAUUGACAAAGCUAUUUGGCCAAGGUGUGUGAAAUUGACUCAGUUAUUUGGCCCAGGUCUCAAAAAUUGACACAGCUAUUUGGCCCAGUUGUGUGGAUUUUUUUAUUUUUUUUAAAUAGGAAUUCUUUCUGCAUCCAGUGAAAAAACUAACAAAAAGAUAAUUUUUCCUACCUUUGAUUUAAUAUAUAAAUCGAAGCUGAAUAUUUGUUGUUCGAACUAGCAGAAAACUUGAGAGAUAUACUUUUUAAUGGAAAUGAUCACUAAAACUACCGGUAUGUAAAAUCUCAUCAGUGUAACAAGGAUUGGGAUAUCUUAAACCCUAUUUUAAACAUCAACGUGUAAUCCCUUAGUGUAGAGACUCCUUGUAGACAUCUAAUAUCUCUAAAUGUUAAUUUCUAUGUUAACAUCAAACUUAAUCCCUGAGGGUGGGGCUUCUUAUCCUAAGAGAGGGGCCUCUUUAUAAACAUCAAAAUAGUAUCUGGUUUGGCAGUUUGAUGUUUAUUACAUCACAGAGGUAAUGCCUGUCAGUCCAAUUAAGUUUAUCAAUUUAUUUAGAUUUAGAUGUUGUAUUUUUUUUUUACAUUUAAUGCUUAAAUAGUUUUUGCUUAAUUAUAAAAUCAUGUGAUUCCAGUCUGUCUCUAGUCAAAGGCAUGUAGAGUAUGAUAUACUAAAGAGCUCAUAUCAAGGGAGGUAACAAGUGCUUUAUUAUCACAGACUUGGCCAGUCCAUGUAACAAUUUACAGCUACAGUAAAUAAUGAAUAUAUUUAACAAGAUAUUAUUUUUUUCUAUUUAUUCCCAACAAGAAAACAUCACUUACUUGAAUAUAAAUUGAAUACAAUGAAAUGAGCAAUAUAAUGUUUACGAUAUUGUAGUUGGAAGAACAAUGAAUUAUAAAGAUAAGUAGUUAAGUAAUUUAUAGUAUAUUUGGAGAAAAAGGAAUGA